AUGGGAAUGUUUUGGAAUGGAAACAGCAUCACGGUAGUUGGGUGCGAAGGGUGCACGCUGCUUAUCGAUUAUUCGAAGCCUAAUUGCACCGAUACGGGUGGUGAUGGAAAAAAUCCAGCAAUUCGAUGCUACGACGAAAUUCCAAUUUUGAUUGAUAGAGAGGCGCCUGACCAGCGUGGAUGCACGAUGGUUUGGCCGUCAUGUACGACUUUCAUGUACAUUCAAUCGCAAUGCUAUUGGGAGGUCCGGACCGGUGAAGUGGAGAUUGUCUUCAGAAACAUCGACAGUCCACCGGAGGCAUUCGCCGUAUCGAUCAGGGUACUUGAAUGGGUCGACGUAAACCAUAAAUACUUUUUGAUGGCCUAUUCCGAGCCGUCGGAACGACUAUGCGGUGCAGCCACUUGGCUGAUGCCAGGAAGCAUUUUGACCUUUGUUCCGCCAAUGGUCAUUGGCAAUUAUAUAAACACCGUCACCAUCAGCUCGUUCCAAUUUCAUGAAUUCACAAACGACACCACCUUUGUCGAGGCGUAUUAUGGUGGCGACCCGGGCUACAGCGAGACGAACUUUGCCGGAAGGAUCGAUGCAAGUGUCAAGAUAUCAACGUUUUUGACCUUCUCAGCGGUCACCACCUUGGUUAACCGCAACGCCCGAGGCACUAUUGCCCUCAGAUCGGACGCAACUAGCUGGAGACUAGAUAAGGUUUAUUUGACCCUUGCUCGGUACACACCGACGCAUUUAUCCAGCUACAAGUAUCCCUGGAUUUUUGAGGAAGAUCAGGAUUUAUUCCCCGUUGCGACGAUUGGAGUCGGAUAUACACCAGCGCCGAGUCGGGCACAAAAUUUCCGAUUUCGGAUCUCCACCGAGACCGCACUUGCCAUGACUGGCGAUGCGAUCGUUUCCAUUACGACGGCAGAAUCCAGUUAUAUGUUCAAUCUGGCAGAUAUCAUCGAUCCUAUGCAACGAUUUGUGGCGCGUUUCGAGGAGCUGACGCAGGAGCACCGCGCUACGCUGACUAUCUGUAGCCUUGACUAUUCCAGCCAACCAUCACAAGGGGCGGUCAACUUUGUUAAUUGCACGUCUCGGGCAGACUUGACGACGAGGUUUCUAAAUUGUUGCACGAAGCACGUGCACGUGACAAACGGAACUUCCAUAAGUCUCGAUUUUUAUAACUUUACCUAUUUCACCAAUGGUGCGGUGGUCACGUUUGCCGUGCAGCUGUUCGACGACGUUGAGGAUCUCACCAUCCAUCUGCCGUACAAUGUUUAUGAAGAUGAUGAGCUCGCGUUUAGAGUUCCGGAGACGAACAAGACGAUCUUUGUGGGAAUCAACCUCCCAGGUUUUGUAAUAAGCCCGAAAACUGACGGGCCUUUGCAUCAGGAUAUACAUUCUACGAUUUUGAAGUCGAUCUUAUGGCCGCACAGCGUCAUCGAUUGCGAGUACAAUUUGUAUCCUGGAUUCAUCACGACCCGAAACGUAUCAAAACCUUUUGCUACGUUCAGGAAUUCUGACAUCUUCUACCCACAAUGGCUUUUCUCGGGCGCUUUUACAUUGGAAAUCCCCGCAGGCUGCACGCCCACAGUUUCGUUAGGAAGAGAAGAUAUGGUUACAACCGAGCAGCUCGACUCCACAGAAUGCAGCGGUAUGCGCUUCGUCGUCACCCCUGCAUACAGCUCGGCUCCACUCCGCAACCACCUGGGAACCUUGCAGAAGGUGACCUGGAUUUGUGAUCCGGUCGACGUUGAACUCGAAUUGGUUGAUUUGGUGAAUGCAAAUAUGGAUAUAUUCUUUACGCAUGCUGACGGAACGAUCGAACACAUGAUGCUGGAUGCCAAAUGUCGUCUGGUCGUCUUUUCAGUUUCGACGCAUCACACAUUUACCAUCAUCAAUCCAUACGACUGCCCUGCGCAGCAAAGCCCUAACCCAAGUGCCAGGCCGAGCUGCCGCCAAAAUGCUACGAGA